AUAAUACUCUCCGGGUCCCCUGGCUUUAAAUAGCAUAAACAUUUUCCAUUUCACCACGCAUUUCGGAAUCAUAAACAACCAACCGUACAUUUUCGGGAAUCUUCCUUCUUUUCUCUUAAUAUUCUCCAUUGCCAUUGUCAUCUCUCACCUUCCUUCCUUCCUAAACCUGCAAGCUGCAACCUUCUUCCUGGAGUCUGUGUUUAGCUUCUUCUAAUAUAAUACAUUGAAUUGGUUUCUAGAUCCUGGAAACCAAGAGCUUCUUUCUUGAUUGUAGCGAUCGAGUUUGGUGGAUUGAAAUUGAGAAUGAGUGGGGAGAGCUGUUCGCUGCUGGCGGCGGCCGGAGAGGAGGAUUCGAACCGGAGAAUUCUGGGGAAAUACGAGCUGGGGAAGCUGCUUGGGUGUGGGGCUUUCGCGAAGGUUUAUCACGCGCGGGUCAUCAGGACGGGGCAGAGCGUGGCGAUAAAAGCGGUGAGCAAACACAGGAUUCUGAAGAGCGGCCUCACGGGUCACGUCAAACGGGAGGUUUCUAUCAUGCGCCGGCUGCGCCACCAGCAUAUCGUGCGCCUCCUGGAGGUCCUCGCUACCAAGACGAAGAUCUAUUUCGUGAUGGAGUUCGCCAAAGGCGGGGAGCUCUUCACCAAGGUGGCCAAGGGGCGGUUCAGUGAGGAUCUCAGCCGUAAGUACUUUCAGCAGCUCAUCUCCGCCGUCGGUUACUGUCACUCCCGCGGCGUCUUCCACCGCGAUCUCAAGCCGGAGAACUUGUUACUCGACGAGAAUUGGGACCUCAAAAUCACCGAUUUCGGAUUAAGCGCCGUGACGGAUCAGGCCAGACCCGACGGCCGCCUCCAUACCUUGUGCGGCACUCCGGCGUACGUCGCUCCUGAGGUCCUGGCGAAGAAAGGAUACUACGGUGCUAAGGUGGACAUCUGGUCGUGCGGCAUCAUCCUUUUCGUACUCAACGCCGGAUACUUGCCGUUCAACGACACCAAUCUAAUGAACAUGUACCGGAAAAUUUACAAAGGCGAGUACCGGUGCCCUAAAUGGACCUCACCGGAGCUGAAACACCUUAUCAAUCGCCUCCUCGACACCAAUCCGGAGACUCGCAUCACGGUGGAGGAAAUCAAAGCCGAUCCAUGGUUCCGGAAAGGAUACAUGGACGUUAAACCCCAAAUCGAAUCCGAAUUCGAAUUCAAAACUGACAGCGACAGAGACAACAAAUACCUAAACGCAUUCGAUCUCAUCUCCUUCUCCCCCGGCGUCAACUUGUCCGGUCUAUUCGAUACUCACAGCGCCAUCGCCGACACCGACCGGGUUCUAUCGGCCGAACCGUCGGAGAAAAUCGUCGACAGUAUAGACAGGAUAGCUAGGGCGGAGGGAAUGAAAGUGACGAGAAAGAAUGGUGGAAUUAGGGCGGAGGGGCAAAAUGGUCAUCCCGUAGUAGUAGUUGAGAUUAACCGGCUAACGGAGAAGCUGGUAAUAGUAGAGCUCAAAAAUUACCGCGGGGACGAAGCCGGCCGGGAAAAAUGGAGUGAUAAGUUUAGGCAACAGCUUAAACUACUAAGCUAUCAACCAGACGAAGCCCAUUAGUAUAAAAAUUACAGUAUUAGACUUUUUUUUUACAGUUUUACCUUUUGGAAAAUCGGAGUCUAUGUGGAUAAAUAGUUUAAGACUUUUUUAAACCUUACAAAAUAACCAAAAGGAUAAAGCACAAAAAGCUUCUUGCUUUUACCUAUGCCUUUCAGAAUUAAUCACAAUGAUUAGUAAAGUGAUUAAACAUAAACCUGCAGAAGGAAGAGCUUAAACAGCAGUCAUGGAGAGUUGUCUAAUUUCAUUUUCUUAAUAUUUUUUUAUCGUGUUUAUAUAUUGUUUAAUAACAUAUUUUUGUAAU